AUGUCACACAUUUAUUUGAACUCGUCAAUGCUUCAGCAGCUGAAUCACACUGUUCAAGAAUACUUCUCGGACUGGAUGCGCUCUCAGCAAACCCACUUUAACCAUACCACGCUGGCCACCAGCCCAGCUGUCACAAAGACAAGUUCCACGACCUUUCUUGCCACGCUAGCUGUUGCGUACCUAUUAUACAAGUGGCUUUUACCCGCAACUCGAACAGAGGCAUUCAGGCCGGUUCAUUUCGAAGUGCCGUUGCCGGAAGCUGCUCAGAAACACUGGAAAGGAAAGCGUCUGCACUCGAUUUCUAACUCCAUCAACGAAGUAGACAGUGAUCAACGCAUUCAAUGUUAUUGUCCUGCUACUGGUCAGGUCUUGGGUUCUCUUUUGCCGAAAACCGAACAAGACAUUGAUGUGCAAAUAUCUAGAGCCACUAAAGCCCAGCUGAAAUGGCGUGAAACCUCCCUCGACCAAAGAACAAAAGUUUUAGUCUCUUUGCAAGACUACAUUUUGAAAAACCAAGACUCCAUUGCACGCGUUGCGUGUAGGGAUUCUGGCAAAACUAUGUUAGAUGCAUCUAUGGGCGAAAUAUUGGUGACCUUGGAGAAGUUACAAUGGAUUAUAAAACAUGGGAAGAAAGCACUUCAACCCUCAAAGCGCCCUGGGCCUACAAAUUUCUUCAUGAAAUGGUACAAAGGUGCAGAAGUUAGGUAUGAGCCUCUGGGUGUAGUGGGGGCCCUCGUCUCUUGGAACUACCCCUUUCAUAAUCUUUUAGGGCCUAUUAUUGCGGCCAUAUUCACUGGAAAUGGUAUUGUCAUUAAAUGCUCCGAACAGGUGGUGUGGUCAUCAGAAUAUUUUAUUACAAUCACCAGAAAGUGCCUCGAAGCAUGUGGCUACGACCCCGACUUAGUUCAAUUAUGCUAUUGUAAUCCUCCGGAUGCUACUGAUAACACGGCCAACUACUAUUCUUCACACCCGGGCCUAAAACAUUUGACUUUUAUUGGCAGCAAACCAGUGGCCCAUCAUGUCUUAACAGCCGCAGCCAAAAGUCUAACGCCCGUAUGUGUUGAACUGGGAGGUAAAGACGCUUUAAUCUGUCUAGACUCCGUUAAAGACUUGAAUGCACUUUCUUCCAUCAUUAUGCGCGGCACCUUUCAGUCCUCUGGUCAAAAUUGUAUCGGGAUUGAAAGAGUAAUCGUCUCAGCUCGAAAUUACGAUGAUUUGGUGUCAAUUCUUGAAAGCAGGAUUGGAAAAUUAAGGCUUGGAUCAGAUAUUGAUAAUCUAGAAGAUGUUGACAUGGGUGCCAUGAUAUCGGAUAAUAGGUUCGAGCAGCUUGAAUAUAUGAUCAAAGAAGCGGUGAAACAAGGAGCCCGCCUCCUCCACGGGGGUUCUCGUUACAAGCACCCCAACUACCCACAGGGCCAUUAUUUUCAGCCCACUCUUUUGGUAGAUGUGAAGCCUGAAAUGAGCAUUGCCCAAAAUGAAGUUUUCGGACCUGUUUUAACCAUGAUGCGCGCAGAAGAUACUGCAGAUUGUAUUCGUUUAGCUAACUCAGCACCAUUUGGCCUUGGUGGGUCCAUAUUUGGCCAGGAGUAUGCCGAGUGUAACUUUGUGGCUGACCACUUGCACACUGGAAAUGUGGCCAUUAAUGAUUUUGCCACAUUCUACGUUUGCCAACUUCCUUUUGGUGGCAUAAACGGUUCUGGUUACGGUAAAUUUGGUGGUGAAGAGGGUCUCACGGGACUCUGCAAUGCCAAAAGUGUAUGUUACGACAAGUUACCCUUCGUAUCUACCCAAAUUCCCAAACCACUUGAUUAUCCAAUUAGAAGCAAUCGAUCUGCUUGGAAGUUCGUCAAAAGCUUUAAUACUGGCUCCUAUACCAGAUCAGUGUGGACUAGAAUUAAAGCCUUGUUGUCUUUGGCAAGAAAUGCAUGA